AUGGCACCCUAUCUGGCCACAUUCUUCGUGGUCUGCCUGUUAGUCAACAUUCUCAAUGCGCCCUAUAAAAUCCAAAUUACCGAAUUCGUGUCAAUUGCCAUGAUGAUUAGUCUGUAUGGGCUGCCCCUUAUGGUAGUUAUCAUUGGAACUGUUAUUCUUUUGGCUGGCAUCGGUCGGACUCUGCGCGGAUUUAAAAUCUUGCCCCAAAUUUUCGGCCUCCUGACUCUUGGUUUCAUUUCAAGCGCUAUGGACUAUGUACCAUGGAUAGACUUUGGACGGCAUCUACAGGCAUCAUCACUGGCCUAUGCAGGAUUUUACGCCCAAGUUGUGCGGGCGAUUUUACUGUGCUGUGAAUAUGCGAGGGAGGAGAAGCCAGUGGGCUGGAAGCGUCUCUUUUCUGAGUGUAUCGGCUUUCCUGCUGUCACAGCAGUCUUCAUGCCCGCCUCCUUCGUCCUCUUCACUGACUGGUUGCAGUGGCGCAACGGCCAGCAUGAGGUAGAUUGUCAAACAUGUGCUCAUUGGAGUGCAUGA